UGGGCUCCCUGUGUACAUGAAAGUUUCCAACAUGGCGGCCAGGAGGACUCAAACUUGUUUUUGUUGAAAAGUGUUCCACUCCGUCUCGUGCACGAGUUGCGAUUGUUUUCAGUCUUUUGAUUGCGUAGUACAUACUGUGACAGGUCUAGAUAGAAACUGGACGUAAAAAAAAAAAGACGCGGUAAUAUCUCAAAGUGUUUGACAAAAUUGGGUUUCAACUACAGCAUAACGAGUAGAAUCAGCCUGGUAUGGCUCUACUCAAACCAUUGAUAUGAUGACGAAUAAUAGAGGCCGAAGUGACGGUGCCAUCAGCCGCGUGAGGCAUGGACGCGGAGGGCAGCGGGCCAGUCGCGGCAGAGGAGACGGCGCAAGAGGUGGAUCGCAGAGGACGAAGUACGUGUACACAGUCCCAGUGUAUGGCUCAUACUGUAUGAUGUGCCGAUGCCCGCUGUCAAAUGAUGAGCUCGAGGCUAGUAGCAGCAAUGACAAGUUUCCUCAGAUACCUGGGUUUUAUUUUGACCAAGAGAAGAAUCGCUAUUUCCGUAUUACUCCUGAGAAUCCAGAACCUAACCCAAAGUCCAAGAAUGAGAGUAAAUUGAGCCAUUGUAUGAAAUGCGAGCAGGCUUCACAACAAAAGAGAAUUAAAUGGCCAUCCUCGCUAGCCAAGUACAUCAUGUCGCGACCAGAGGCCCCCACCACCCCCAAUAUAAUGAACAGUGAUCUAUAUGACCGUCUCAUUUGCUGUGCAAAGAUACAGUGUACCCUGUCUCUAGAUCCAGUCCCUUUCAACCAUGUUGUGAAUGACUAUGCAGUGUGUUCCAUACAGGCUGAUGUUAAGAGGCAGAGGAUUUUAACCCUGUACGCAGCCAGCCCAACUGGCUAUGAAGUUACACAGUUCCAUGACUUGCAGAUGGAAGGCCGUGAUAAACUUACUCUUAAACAAAACAUGUCCAUGGCAAAAAACCAGAAAAUAUCUGCUAUGCUGUGGAGCCCACAUCAACAAACAAAAAAUUUAUAUAUCUUGUCUUUACUUGGCUAUGGUAACAUGUCAGGUGAGACCAUGCUCUUUGAAGUCAGCGGCCACUCACAGCGACUGGUGAGUCGGUUUCCUGUAAAUGGUCACUCCGUCUGGUCAAGUGACUGGAAUAGGAACCCUCUCUACGAUAACAUCAUAAGUAUAGGCGGUUCCCGAUUGGCUCUCACGAUUGACGUCAAUAGGAAAGUCCGUGUGAUACGCAUUAGAAGUGACAGCGAUAUAUUUGCACAGCAGUUUGCACCCAGGACGCCAAUACUGUUUAACGGAUCACGUGACGGCCUCGUGCGUACGAGUGACAUCAGACUGAAGGAGCCCAAGACCCCGGUGCUCUGCUUCUCACACGGCAAGGGCGCCCCGAUCACGUGCAUACGCGUGCUGAAUGACGACAAUUACGUCAUCUCCAGCGCCAUGGAUGGCUCGCUCAUGCGAUGGGACCUGCGCGUCUCUCGUCCCGUGCUAGCGUACCUUGGACAUAAUAACGAGAUCACACACGGGCUUCCCUUCCACGUGGACCCCACUGACUCUCUUCUAUUUGGAGCCGGUCAAGACUCUGUGACCCGGAUUUGGAGCGUGCGUAGUGGAGAACUGCUCCGAAGCAUCCCAUUCCCAUCAGACACCAGUCGCGAGCUUAGUGCUAUCCCAGCCCUGUGCUAUGCUGAUGAAUGGGGUGGUCCGGGAGGAAGACCAGGGCUCAUGUAUGGAACCAAUCGUACCAUUCAAUUCUACAGUUUAUAAAGAGAAGAAAUGGCUCUCCUAUUGUAACGACGUGGACUACCCUGAAGAUCACACAAGGCCAAAAAGCAUUAUUGAUUACUUGUUAAAGCAUGCAAUACAAGAUGUACUUUAAUGACCAUUUGUGCUGCUUGUAGUCAAUGGCAGUCCUAGAAUACGUAUACGAAGGACCAAAGUUUAUCUUUAGGUAUAGCAAAGGCCUUAUUUGAAACUAGCGACGUAACAACGCGUAAAUACGCGUGAAGAAAUUAGUGAUAUAGAAUUGAUAUAGAACAUAUUUCCAUUCUCUCA